AUGCAAUUUCACGCCCCCUCACCUGCCGCUCAUCUCCUCCCUCAUCCUUCCCUCUCACACCUCUCCCCCCCCACACACACCCAUCUUCCUCCCUUGUGCUGCCCAACUCGUCGCCCCCCCAUGCAGCUAUGGGCGGCACCAGCACCGGUGUCACCGCCCAUCAUCUGCCUGCUGGCCACGCACGAGGACAGCCGCCACCUGCACAUCGUGACGGACAAGGCCCAGGGCGGAGACCUCUUCAUGGCGCUCGCUGCGCGCGCCUCCUUCACCGAGGCUGAUGCUGUUCACAUUGCGCGGCAGCUGCUGCAGGCGGUGGCGCUGUGCCAUGCGCGGGGCGUCACCCACCGCGACCUCGUGAGCGCCUUGCAGGGGGGCGUGCUGGCUGGGCGGCCAUGGGCUUCACUGCCAUGCAUGGGCUUCACUGCCAUGCAUGGGCUUCACUGCCAUGCAUGGGCUUCACUGCCAUGCAUGAGGGAGUGGGGCGAGUGGGCGCUGACACGCACCUGGACAUCUGGGCUUCAAGUGGACACCAGGGGUGGAGGAAAGUGCUGCUGCGCUGGGCCAUGUGCGCUGGGCCAUGUGCGCUGGGCCAUGUGCGCUGGGCCAUGUGCGCUGGGCCAUGUGCGCUGGGCCAUGUGCGCUGGGCCAUGUGCGCUGGGCCAUGUGCGGUGGGCCAUGUGCCUAUGGCGGGGUGGAGGGGGAUGUGGGGCAGUCAUGCAAUCGCACUGGCGUGUCAGCCCCACGCUUCUGCCCCUCCCCACUGCUGCUCACACCACCUACCCUCAUUGCACGUUCCCUACCCUGAGCUCCCUUCCUCUCCACCCCCCCUUCGCCUGUCAGAAGCCGGAGAACAUACUGCUGUCGGACGCGCACGCGCUCACCAUCAAGCUCGUGGACUUCGGCAGCGCUGCACUCUUCCACCCCCCGCCCACCGCCACCACCACCACGAGCGGCAGCAGCAGGGAGGAGGCAGUGCGGGAGGGAAAGGGCGUGGUGCUGCGGGACUUCAUGGGCACGGCGUUCUACGCGGCGCCUGAGGUGUGGCGCCAUGCCUACGGCCCCCAGGCAGACGUGUGGAGUGCGGGGGCCGUGGUGGCCGUGCUGCUCACAGGCCCGCCCCCCAGUGGUCUCACUCGCGCCACUGUGGCCUCAAAUGCCACGUGGCAGGCCAUGCAGAAAGGGAUAGUCCCAGCAUUACCCCCGGAAGCCUCGCCAGCAGUGCACUCGUUCCUGCGUGCCCUAUUGGAGCCCCACCCCUGCCAGCGCCCCACCGCCGCACAGGCACUGCUGCACCCGUGGCUGGCUGCCGCUGCACCGGGUGCUGCGGAGAGUGGUGCCGGCGCCGUGGCCGUUGCAGGGGAUGCUGCAGGGCAGUCGGCACAGCCCGCUGUGGCGGUGCCUGGGAGUCCUCACUCUCGGCCCACACACCCUGGUGCAGCGCUCCUGGCAGGCGCAGGGCAGGAGAGUGUGGGGGAGAGAGCAACGGGGGCUGCAGCAGAGAUGCGGGAGGAGGGGACAGGGAAGGCAGGAGAGGAGGAUGGGGAGAGAGGGGAGAGGGAAGGGGAGGUGGCGGCGGGACGGGUGGGGCAAGAGGAAGAGGGGGCGUUACAGAAGGGGCCGGUGCAGGGAGGGGCGGGCGCGGCAGCAGAGGGGCGAGUGAGGGGAGGCGUGCAGCUGGAGGGGUCGCUGCGUGGCUUCCGCCUGUACGCAGCUACCAGGAAGCUUCAGCGCGCGUGCGUUGCCCUGCUGUCGCUGGAGCUCAGCGAGUCAGAGUUCCGCCAGCUCGUGCACCACCUGGCGAGCGCCACGUCAGCACUGGGCACGUCACUGGAGGCAGUGAGCGAAACAGGAGACAUGGGUGAGGAGCAGAGGGGUGAGAAGCAGCAGUACCCGCCUUCGGCCAUGCUGUGUCUGCAGGCACUGCUAGCGAGCCUAGACGCCCUGGGCCACCAGCGGCUGUCGCUGCAGCUGAUGGGCGUGCAGAGCAGCGUGAUGGGUGAGCAGGGCAUGGCGCGGCAGCAGAGUGUGGUGGGCGGGCAUGCGAUGACGCGAGUGGAGAGGGAGGGGUGUGUGCGAGGUGGGUCAGGGAUCGCUGCUGCGCUGGAGAAGCAGCGCCACGAGCAGCAGCAGGGAGCAGCAACCACCUCUCUCACCCACCCACCACCCCCGGCCCUGCCUCCCACGUCGUCAUCUCUUGCCAUCCCCCCCUUGCCUCUGUUCGACCUGCUUGACUUCUCUGCUCUCGUCACGCGCCACCAUGACAUGCACCGCCUGCACCACCACCCCGACGACCACCUCCACCCCCACCCCCCUCACCACCCAUCCGCCAUUCAUGCUGCUGCUGCUGCACGGGGUGGUGCAGGCAGAGGAGGGAGGAGGGAGGAGAAGGGGAAGGCCAUCAGUCCAGAGGGCGGUGGCAAGGGCGUGGAGGCUGGGAGAAGCCAUCGUGGCUCGCGGCGGUUCUUAGGGCUGAUGAGGGGUGCCGAGAGGGAGAAGGAAGGAGAGAGCGGCGGCAGUGUGCAUGGCGGCAGCCUUCAUGGCUCACGGCGGUUCUUUGGGGUCGUGAGGGCAGGCGAGGGGGAGAGAGCAGGCGAGGGGGAGAGAGCAGGCGAGGGGGAGAGAGCAGGCGAGGGGGAGACGGCUGGCGAGGGGGAGACGGCAGGCGAGGGGGAGACGGCAGGCGAGGGGGAGACGGCAGGCGAGGGGGAGACGGCAGGCGAGGGGGAGACGGCAGGCGAGGGGGAGACGGCAGGCGAGGGGGAGACGGCAGGCGAGGGGGAGACGGCAGGCGAGGGGGAGACGGCAGGCGAGGGGGAGACGGCAGGCGAGGGGGAGACGGCAGGCGAGGGGGAGACGGCAGGCGAGGGGGAGAGGGAAGCAGAGAGUGCGGGCAGUGUGCACGGCGGCAGUCUCCACGGGUCGUGGCGGUUCUUGAGUGUCAUGAAGGCGAGGGACGGCGAUGAGCAGGAGGGCAGCAGCAGCCAGCAUGGCUCACGGCGCUUCUUUGGCCUCUUGGGGAGUGGCGGGGCAGGGAAGGAGGGCGGGGCGGGGGGCAGCGAGCACGGCUCACGGCGCUUCUUCAGCAUGAUGCCCGCCAGUGAGGCGCCCAGCCCCGCAGCAGCAGCCGCGCCCAGCCCUGGAGGCAGCCUGCGCGGAAGCUUCCGCAUGGCCAGGCGCCUGGGGCUGCUGAGAACGGGUGGGGAGGAGGGGGGGGGCGAGGAGGAGGACAUGGCGAGUCCCGGUGCGGAUGGUGAUGUGGUGGGCGCUAUGGGUGGCCGCAGUGCAGCCCCACUGGCCGUGAGAGGGCCGCUGUCUCCGCGCUCGCCAUCCGCCGUCACUCACAGCGACAACGCUGGUGGGUGGGCUCGCCGGCUCAAUGCACGUGCCAGUACGGACGGUGCCAGGAUGACGUGGCAGUCACCCGUUGGCCGGGGAAAGAGCCCCCUGGCCCUGGGUGUCUCGCCCCAGUUGGGUGGGUGGCAGCAGGGGCGAGGGGCAGUGGGGGAUGGAGCAAACAGUGGUGCUGCCACACUGCCUGCUGCUGGUGCUGCUGCAGCGGAGGGUGAUGAGGAGGAGGAGCGCAGAGGGCUACCUGGUGGUGGAGUGGGCAUGUUGAGCUGCCAGCGCGUGCAGUCGUGUGUGGACCUGGCCGCCAUGGGUGCGGCUCAUGGGACCCAGUCCAGUCCCGCUGCACGCAAGGCCGGUAUCAGAGCAUGGGGAAGGGGGAGAGGGAAGGGGGGGUUCUGGGGCCCGGUGAAAGGGGGCAUGCAGGGAGGUGAUGGAGCGGGUGGAAUGAAUGGCAAGGGCACGUCUGUGCACGGGGAGUGCCUGUACAGGGAGUUUCUGCUCAGCGAGUGCACUCCUUGA